UAACGUAGCCUGCUGUGGACAACACAGGCGCCAUUUUGGCUCAAAGAAACUCAGUUUUUCACUUCUUUGCCAGGGAAUAUUUGUCUUGUUUAGGAAUAUAUAGAAUCUGACAUGAGUUUGUAAUGCGUGUUAUUAACUUCAACAAGCUUUAAGUUCUUUUAUUCAAAUGAUGAUAUGCUUGACAUGCAAAAUAUAGUUAUCUAACGACGUAUCAGGGUGUUAUUAGCUAAUUGUUGCUAACCUUUAUUUAUUUUUUUCCUAACCGUUUAUGCGACGUUCGAUGUGAUUGGCUAGAAUACAUUGACCUACAUUGUCUGCCAAUCAGACAACGGUUCACAGUACUACCCACCAAUCCUAGCGCAGGAGGAUGGGAUUUGCAUGAAAACGGGUAGACUGGGAAUAAAGCUAAGCUAAUUUGGCUAAAACAAUGGGUGGAUGUUCUGCUCCGAAUUGCUCCAAUUCUACAACCAUCGGAAAACAACUUUUCCGUUUUCCAAAGGAUCCGAUUCGGAUGAGAAAGUGGCUGAUAAACUGUCGACGAGACUUCGUGCCAACCCCGUGCUCCAGACUCUGCCAGGAUCAUUUUGAGGAAAGUCAGUUUGAGGAGAUUGCCAGGUCACCGACAGGAGGAAGGAAACUGAAACCCAACGCAGUUCCCACACUGUUCAACGUACCAAACCCGCCAUCGCCCAUCACCCAACACAUGCACUCCACCCUGCCACUGAAACCUGACCCAGAGAAAGAUUUAAAGUUCGGGGAUCAUGGUUACGCUCGCCGGCAGCCACGAGCAGAGUUUGAGGAAGACGAGCUUCAGAGAGCAGAGGAAGAGCGACCAUGUUCUUUGUGUCAGCACUAUAAAACCCAGCUGGAGCAGCAGCAGCAGCACACGGCCAGGCUGCAGAGAGAGGUGGAGGAGAUGAAGAAGCGUUUGCACAGGCUCAGCAGGAUGGAAAAAGGACUGCAGAUGUUCCUGUUUGAGGACCAGAUCCGAGCUCUGACCCUAACCAAGCGAUCACGCCGCGCCGUCUGGUCCCAUGACACUGUCCUGACCGCCCGGAAGAUCCGCUGCGCAGUCGGAGUCAAGGGAUACGAGUUUCUGCGAGAGCUCGGAUACCCGCUGCCCUCGUACCGGACUCUAUGUAACCGACUUGAACCCAAAAUGAUUAUGAGCGCAAGCAUGCAGGAAGACCUAGCAGAACUCGGGCUGGGGAUCAUCACUGCCUGCGACAGUCCUGAUGAAAAUGCGACAAGUGACGAAGGACUGAUUGGAAUGAUGACAUGAGACUGGCUUGUUGUUUGUGUGUGUUUUUAUAUUUUUGAUUGAAACUUCACAUAUCAGCACACAGGCCUUGGCAGAACAUUACAUUUGUAAAUUUAUUUUUUUCAGUGUCCUCCUGUAAUUAUUUAUUUAUUAUACCACAGCUGACUCUGAUUGCCCAGUUUUACAGACUCCGAUUGCUCAAAAGGUGGUGAUUAAUUUUAUAGUACAGCAACUCUGCUGGUUAGCAUAGCUGCACAUCAUAAACCAUAAACCAUAGGUUUAUUUAUUAUAAAUGCGUGCAUUCUUAUUGUAACUAUAGUAAUAGCUCGUUAAUUGGGACUUACGGCUAAAGCUCAACAUAAUCCAAAGUGUUCUGUAAGAAGUUUUUUAUUUGACGUCUUUGGAAGUAAUCUCCAGUGUCAGCAUUUUGUAAGAGUCAGAAAAAAAGCUAAAACAUCUUCAAAUGUAACUCUAUGUGGAUCAAAAAUAUGAUGUCGUUUUUUAAAUUUGUAAAUAAAACGAAUACGAGGUUCUCACAGA